AUGGAAGGCUACUUUUUUUACGUUUUCGCAAGAAUACGAGCAGAAGGCGGGUGAAAUUUGAAAAUCUGUCAAAAUAUUUCAAGCACUAGUUAAGGUUACUUCCCUUCGCGGGUGUCCUUUGGGAAAAAUUCGUACGCGCGCUAGUUUCACUAAAAUUCUGGCAAACUAUAUAUCAGAAGAAAGCUUAAUACAUACCGAUUACGAUAAAAAUAUAACUUAGCGACUUCUCUUUUAAGGAAUUGUCAGGAGCUGGUAAGGCGUAAAACGAUCGAGGGUUCUUCCGUUGAAUUUAUCGGGUAUCGCAGGCUGCGAGCAAAAUGGCUGCACAAUCUCAUUCACAAGACAUCAAUCAACAAUAAUGUGUCGGGCUUUUUCGGUAUUCUGAUUGGUUGUGUAGAUAUCGGCAACUAA